CCGCACUUUGAAAAUUCAGCCCAAUUUCAAUUUCCCUUUCCAAGUCAGACUUCAAAUUCCAAUUCCAAAAAAGUUCUCCUCUCCGCAAGCUAAGCAAAAAUUUGUGGCAAUGGAAACGAGAGCGGCGGUGAGAUUCACAUUGGGGAAGCAGUCGUCGAUGGCGCCUGGGAGGCACGACUCCACGGCGGCGGCGGCGGUGGAGGAGACUGAUGACGUGGAGAGACCAAUGGAUCCAGAAGUGAGGCUGAUGUACUCGGCGAACGAAGGCGACCUGGACGGGAUCAGAGAGCUAUUGGAUUCCGGCGUCAACGUCAACUUCAAGGACACCGACGGCCGCACGGCCCUCCACGUCGCAGCCUGCAAUGGACUCACCGACGUCGUUUCGCUCUUGCUUGACCGUGGCUCUGAACUCGAUCCCAGUGAUUGCUGGGGCAGCACACCUCUUGCAGAUGCUACGUAUUACAAAAAGCACGAUGUGAUUAAGCUUUUGGAGAAGCGUGGUGCUAAGCCACUCAUGGCACCAAUGCACGUUAGACAUCCCCGUGAAGUUCCCGAAUAUGAAAUCGAUCCCAAGGAAAUUGAUUUUACCGAUAGUGUCGAAAUUACCAAGGGAACCUUCCAUUUAGCAUUGUGGCGUGGCAUACAGGUCGCUGUCAAAAGGCUUGAAGAGGAACUGAUUAGUGAUGAGGAAAAAGUGAAGUCAUUCAGGGAUGAGCUUGCAUUGCUUCAAAAGAUACGACAUCCAAAUGUAGUGCAAUUUCUGGGUGCUGUCACUCAAAGUAGUCCAAUGAUGAUUGUGACGGAAUAUCUGCCCAAGGGAGAUCUUCGAGCAUUCUUGAAGAAAAAAGGGGCUUUAAAGCCAAUAACAGCCGUGAGAUUUGCACUUGAUAUUGCAAGGGGAAUGAAUUAUUUGCAUGAGAAUAAGCCACCAAUAAUUCACCGUGAUCUUGAGCCUUCAAAUAUAUUGCGGGAUGAUUCUGGGCACCUCAAAGUUGCUGACUUUGGAGUUAGCAAGUUGAUGACAGUUAAAGAAGAUAGGCCUCUUACUUGUCAAGAAACUUCUUGCCGAUACAUUGCUCCAGAGGUUUACAAAAAUGAAGAAUACGAUACCAAAGUGGAUGUAUUCUCAUUUGCUUUAAUUUUGCAAGAGAUGAUUGAAGGCUGUCCACCUUUUUCUGCCAAACAAGAAAAUGAAGUUCCUAAAGUAUAUGCUGCAAAAGAGCGUCCUCCUUUCAAUUCUCCAGCAAAGCAUUAUGCACAUGGACUUAAAGAGUUAAUUGAGGAGUGCUGGAGUGAGAAGCCAGCUAAAAGACCAACAUUUCGACAAGUCUUAACAAGGCUGGAGUCCAUACACAACAGUUUUGCUCAUAAAAGGCGUUGGAAGGUUAGACCGUUGAGAUGCUUUCAAAACCUGGAGGCCAUGUUAAAAAAAGAUCAUUCCAAUGGACGCAGCCGAAGCCGUUCAUCUCGUUCUACUGCUGAGAGCAUAUGAAUAAGAGAGUUCUGCCCGCUUUAGCUUAAAAUGUGAAGAAACUUUUUUCCAGUUUGGUGGCAAAUGAUUGGGUUUUAUUCAAGCUUAGCAUCAUUUUCUUAUCUGUGUAAUCCUGCUUAUGGUAGUCGAAUCUGAAGUUAUCUCAUGUAUUGCUCAAGGAUAAUAAAGCUGUUCAUGUACAUUAUGUAUGUAA